UGUCUGCUUUAAAGCUAUCCUCACAAUUUAAAAAUUUAACGGCGCACCGUUAAAAAAUUUAGGAGGAAAACAUGUUGCUACCGACACCGGGAGAAAAUGAAAUUACUGGCGUAACAGGGAAGCUUUCAGCAUGUACUAAGCUUGAGGUAGAACCAGUGGGGAGAUGGUUUGAAGGUCUGUGUUUACGACGGAGACAUAAGCACUCGCUGUCUCAACAUUCUUUGUCAAGUUCGAGCUCGUCUGAGAGUGAGGAUGAUGAUGACCAUGUUGUAGAAGAUGAUUCACUUCUACUUAGUUUAGACCCAAAAGAAUGGAAGAAACAAGAUCACUAUGCUGUACUAGGUCUGGAAAAACUAAGAUUUAAAGCAACAGAUGCGCAGAUCAAGAAGGCUUAUAAACGUAAGGUACUUCAUCAUCACCCAGAUAAAAGACGGGCACGAGGACUGAAAGUUAACGAGGGAGAAGAUGAUUAUUUCACAUGCAUCACUCGAGCGUGGGAAACCCUUGGAAAUCCCGUGAAAAGGAAAUCCUAUGACAGCGUGGAUCCUUUAUUUGACGACAGCGUACCACCAAACAAUAGCAACUCGAAGGAAAAAUUUUUUGAAGUCUUUAGGCCAGUUUUUGCGGAAAAUGCAAGAUGGUCAAACAAGAAAAGAGUCCCUGACAUUGGUGAAGAGAGUUCAAGUUUUGAGGAAGUGAACCGAUUUUAUGGUUUUUG